GUAAUUUAACGGUUUUUUUUGUCGAAAGUUACUGGUAUUUUUGUUGCGCGUUUAUUUCGCGCGCGAUCUUUUGUUAUGUGGACACAACAGCACAGUUAACGAACUUGAACAGAAGUGGAAUCCAUUGAAAUAAAAACUAUACUGAACAUUUUAUAUCGCCGAACACUGCAGAACCUUUGUUGUUUAAUUUGCUGAGGUUGUCUUUCAGUAUGUUUUCAAAAGCUAAAAGAUUUGAACCAAUUUUGCGUUUAGGCACAAAUAAAACUCAGUCAAGCAAUGAAUCUAGUCAGAAAACGAAGGUAUCAGCUCCAAAAUUGCAGCAAAAAUCUUUAGCCACUCCAAUUAAAAUUAACAGUGAUGCACAAUCACAUUGCAGUUCUGUGUCCAGUGUAAAAUCAUUUGUAACGCCAAAACCAGUUAAGCCUUAUAUAGCUACCAAGUCAAAAGUAACAAGUUCAUUAAAGAAGACUAAUAACAAUGAUAAUAAGAAAAAUAUUAGUAAAAAACCAUCCACUAAUGUUCCAGAUCUUGUUAAGGAACAAGAAGUUGAAAUCAGAAAUAAAGAUCAAACAAUAUCAGAAUAUAAUAGACAAAUUGAAGAUUUAAAAAAUGAAAUCGCAGCUUUACAAAGAAAAUUGGGUGAAACAAGUUUAUUAACAGAAACUAAUACAGAUAUUGAAAGUUUAAAUAAAAAACUAUGUCUAGUAAAUUUAUGUGAUACAGAUGUUCAGAAAGAUGAGGUAACAGUUGAGAAUUCAGAUUCUACUGUAAAAAAAUUACAGGACGAAAUAAGUAAAUUAGAAACACAAUGUGAUAAAUUAGAAAAAGAAGUGAGCAGUAAACAGGUGGAACUAACAGCAUUGGAAGAAGUUAUUGUUAUAAGAGAUAGUUUGUGUCAAGAUUUACAGAACAAAUUAACUGAUAUGAACAUUUGCCUUGAAGAAACUAAACAGAGAUUAGAGAUGGUAAAAGGUCACCAUGCAUUAGCUCUAGAGGCCAAUGAAAGCAUAAGACGGGAAUACAAAGCAGAAUUAGAAAGUUUGAAAACAAAAAUGGAUGAAGAAAAGCAAGCAAUCCUUAGUAAAAGUAAAACAGAGCAAGAAAAUAUUAAAUCUCAUUAUAAAACUUUGAUAAGUUCAAUCAGGGAACAAACAAUUGCAGAAAAAGAUGCAGAGAUUGCAGAUUUACAAGAUAAGUUGGUUACAAAAGAGAGAGAAAUGAAAGCAAAGUUAGAGCAAGUUCAAGAAGCUGCAGAUGAAAAAUUAAAAUUAUGUGAAAUACAGUUUGAAGAGCGCAGUCGGAGCAUUCAGGAACAUUGUUCACUGAAUGAGCAGAAAAUACAAAAUUUGGAAAGUGAAAUAACAGAUCUUAAGUACAAGUUAAGUGUUUGUGAAGAUCAAAAAAGUAAGACUCAUAAUCAAGUUCUUUACUUAGAGAAGGAAAAUGGUAAUUUGAAAAUAGAAAAAUCAAAGCUUGCUCAGGAGUUAGUGCAACUAAAAGAAGAAUCUAAGAAAACAGUAAUUGAUUACGAAAAUAAGAUCAAUAAGUUAACUUUAGAUGUUGAGAGAGCAAUAAAAGACAAGAACAAGUUUGAAAUGUCCCUUUCCGUUACAAGAGAUAUUGUACAAGUUCUGACAAUGCGUCUGAGGGAGUCCGAUACAGAGUUAGAACAGUUGGAAGGCAAAAUACAAUCAUUGACUAACUCAAAAGAGGCAGUGGAAACCGAACUAACGACAUGCAAAAAAACUUUAGAUAAUACAUUAAUAGAAUGCAAUGAGUACAAAGAGGCCCUGGUUAAUAUUCUAAAAUCCAAAGCGGCUCUGGCAAAGGAACACAACCGCAUAAUGGAACACAACGUUACACUCAUUGAGAGCCUUCAGAAUGUAGAGAAAGAGGCGUAUCGAGAACUUGGCACUAUUAAAACUGAGCUCAUUGAAGAUGUGGAAAUAUUGAAAAAGGAAUCUGAUUCUCAAAUUCAAAUGCUUCGUGAAGAGGUUGAAAAGAAGCAAAGACUAUGUAUGGCGGCGCGGGAGCACGCGGGACAGGCGACGGCGGCCGCGGAGCAGUCGCGAGCACUUCUCGCACACGCCGCCAAUGAGAUAGCUCGCCUCGAGACUGACAAUGAGCGGCUACAGAAACAGAUUCAAGAUCAACAAUCGGUCGUCGUUGAGCUAUCUUUACUGCGGCAAGAAAAUGAAGAACUUACAAUGAUGAUGGUGAAGCAGUCCUCUAUGAUGGACAAAAUGAAGAAAGAAGUAGAACAGUUGCAAGUAGCGCCCAGAUCACCUUCCUUCGGCCGAAAAACCAUUAAAAUUGGAAAAGAAAAUAUUCAAACAGUCGUUUCUCCUCUGAGGGAACGGAAUCAGUUAUAAACAUUACAUUUCUUGAAUAUUUUAAUU